GCCGCUGGGCAGAAGAAGGAUUUAUUUAUUUUCUUCGCAGUAAAGAGAGGCAGAGGAGAGAAAGAAAGAAAAGAAAAAAAGAAAAACCAGUCAGGAAUUGCUCAACAAGCCGGGACCGAAGUUGCUGGACCGCAAAUCCGAUUCCUUCCCGCCUGCCAGCGUGAUCGGGCAGUCGGUGUGUCUGGGUGUGUGGGACUUUCCGUGCGGCAGUCGUGCUAUGGUUGGUGGCGAAAGAUCCCACCUGGUGCCCACCUCUGCCCUCCGUCAAGUGCAUUCCGGCAAGCAGGGUUAACGAGUCCAGUGGUGUCGCAUCGCAAGAGAGCAGUGCAAAAGGCAACGCAAAAGCCCGCCGUUCCAGGUCGCAAUCAAAUCAACCAACUCGCGCGAUCAAAAUCAAAACAACCGAAACGCCGGAAAGCGAGCCAAACAAAUGCUGCUAACGCACGGCACCCACACACUGCACGCCGUCGCCGGCCGGACAGCACUGUCCGAGCUCGUGCUGCGUGCCGCCAGCCAUCACACCUGGUUCGGAUCGGCCCCGGGCCGGCUAGCCUGCGCAGCACCGGCUGCAUGGGGCAUGCGGGCCCGAGAGCAAACACCCGGCAGCAGUCUCGCCUACUACUGCGGCCUGCGGCGCUACUGCUCGAAUCUGAAGAAGAAGCAGCCGCGCGUGGUCGCGGUCAAAUCGGUCGAGGGCUCGGAGCUACUGCAGAACGUGCUGCAGAAGAACAAGCAGCUGCUGCAGGAGAAGCGCGACGGGCUGGUGCGCGACAUCCGCGAGCGCAAGGACAAGGUGAAGGAGCGGGUCGAGGAGGUGAUCGAGCGGGAGAACGUGGCCACCGUGCCGAACCUGCUGUGCAUCGGGCGGAUCGUCGCCUCGCCCUACCUCGGCUACGUGAUCGUGCAGGGCGACUUCCGGCUCGCGAUGGGCAUGCUGAUCGUGGCCGGGCUGACCGACCUGGCGGACGGGCUGAUCGCGCGCCACUGGCCGAACCAGGCCAGUCGGCUCGGCUCCUUCCUCGACCCGAUGGCGGACAAGGUGCUGGUCGGGUCGCUCGUCAUCGCAAUGAGCUACAUCGACCUGCUGCCCCUGUGGCUGACCGCGAUGAUACUCUUCCGGGACGUGUUUCUGAUCGGGGCCGGCUUCGUCAUACGCUACAUCAGUCUGCCGCAACCGCGCUGCCAAAGCAUGUUUGAUCACGUCCACUUAUCGUUCCGCUUCCACUUCCAGCGCACGCUGUCCCGAUACUUUGACGUGACGCACGCCACCGCCCAGCUGGCGCCCACGUUUAUCAGUAAGCUGAACACUGCCGUACAGCUGGUCACCGUUGCCGCCACGCUCGGUGCCCCGAUCUUCAGCUACGUCGACCACGCGUACCUGCACGGGCUGUGGUAUCUGACCGGCUUCACGACUGUGGCCGCCGCCGCCAGCUACCUCACCAGCAAGGACACGUACAAAAUACUGCGCAAAAAGUCGUAGUGCCAGGCAGCGCCCAUUGAUGCGAUCCCUUUUUACCCCCGCCCCACCCCCUUUCCUCUUUCUUUCAUUCGCUCCCCUGCCCUGUUGCGUUGACGAUUGGAUGCAAGUAGUGGAGAGGGUGGGUGGGUUUCGCUGCACGCCCACCGCGCUAGAGGCACACUGGUCGAUUGAUCCCGGCAGACAGAUGUAAAUAAAAUGAACAUAGUUCCUGAUGGUUAGACAAGUUUUGUUUUGUCUGGCGCGAAUUGAUCGGUAACUACUCUGCACGGAGAGAAGUUACUGAGGAGGACCAAAGAAAAGAUAUCAAAGUAAUUUUGUAAUUUUGUGGGUCAACCUAUUCGCUACAAUGCAGAUUGGACUGAAGAUCUAAGAUCACUUACAUCUUGGAUCAUUUUUUUUUUAAAUUGUUUUUCUCUUGUUCUUCCAUUAAGUCACAGAGCUCAGAUGUUUCAUGAGUGAUCACUAGGCGUUCAAAAUGUUUAUACUUAUCAAACAUUGCUUUUGCCGCUUUAUUUUAGCUAUGAAAAUAUAAUGCUCGUCACAUCGCCGUGUUUUGCGAGCAUUAUUCUCACCAGCUUUUUCAAAUGCAUCCCACACUCUAGAUUGCUUUCUCUCCCCUGUUUCUAUUCGUUGCUAAGGUUUGCUUAGUCGAUGGCUGUUUAUUUUUCUCUCUUCACGUUGAAUUUGGUGCAAUGCGCUUGAAAUAAUCCAAGUAACCAUUUUCAGGAAUCCAUACGUGUAAAGUUAUAAACGGUUCAAUGUCAGGUGACACGUGUACACAGUAGAAUGCGUCUGAUUAACGAAAUAUUAAACGCAAUUAGAAAAGAAAUAAAAAACAAUGUAAAAAAAGUUUAAAAACACGUUUUUAAUGCACUAAAAAUGUCUUAAAAACGUGAGGUUUGUUUCAAUUCUCACAUUUACCAUUAUAAUUAAAAUUUGAAUGAAAAGAGCAAUUAAAUUAACCUCACGUUUUUGAAUAAUUUUUAGUGCUUUAAAAAUGUGUUUUUAAUUAUUUUUUUAUUCAUCUUACUAAAAAUCAAACCUUAUACGACUAGACUCAUAAAAACGUUUGACUAGAAACGACGAGGCUGCAACUACGCUGAGUUUAGUUUAUCAAAGUAGGACAUUGCAUUGAGUUACGCGAAUUCUGUUGAUAAAUGUUUGAGACAUACCCGUAUAAAAGUAUACUAAUAUACGUUUUUUGGUAGCAAAAUUUUCAAAUGCAUUUGAAAUGAAACUGUUCUUGUAAUUACAUCCAACUGGAAGCUUUUAAAAAGAGGUUUUUAAAUAAUUAAAUAAAUUUCACCGCAAUACC